AUGUUUUUACGAGUAGGUGAAGGCUUUCCCUUCGAGAUAAUAGCUGAUGAGGAUCGCUCGCUGGCUACAGCAUUAGGUAUGCUGGAUCCUGCAGAAAAGGAUAGCAGUGGAAUGCCACUCACAGCGCGUGCUGUCUUCAUAAUCGACCCUAAGAAACAGCUUCGUGCACAAAUACUCUACCCCGCAACAACUGGCAGAAACUUUGAGUAA